CUUGUAAAAUAUUGCAUGUGUAUAUCUUUUACUAUUUAAUAUCUGAAAUAACACUAAAACACUUGAUUAUGUUCUAGCUCCAACUAUUUGCCUUAUUGGGUCAGCGUGACAGGGUCACUGAACUUUAAACGUUGGUAUCCACAUAUAAAAUAUUGAAAUAAUUUAUAUCACUAUUUUAUAAUUGAAUGUAUUUAAAUAUGCACUUUAUUUAAACAAACACAAAUCUUAGCUGGUUUUUGUUUUGGAAAAGGAAAAAGCACGCAAAGUAGCAAAAUAUGAUGAGGAAAGCAACUUGAUGGCGGGGUUAUUGAAUUGUCAUUCUGACAGUUAAAUUCACUUAUCACAAAAGCGCGCCAAAUGAGUGUGGCCAUACCUGCAAAAGAAAAUUAAUAGCAUAAAUACAGUGGAUGGUAGAAAUAAAUACUUAGCAGCUGUAAAUUGUUUACUUCACAGCGAUGGCAGAGCUACACACAGAUAUAAUUUUAAUGGAAAUUUAUAGGGAGCAGAAAACGCUAAUUAAUUUCUUUAAUAUCGUAAUAGAUUUCGUAACUCGCAAUACAAGUUUUGGGCUAAUAACACUCGCUGAGAGAACUCGCUUACAAGAACAUAUAUUCCAAACCUUGUCUCUUUGUGAUCCUGUGAUAGAAACAUCUCCAAAUUUACAAAUUGUGGAUACUCAACCUAUAACAAUAUUAACAGAUGAAAGCAAUGUAGUUGCUACCCCAGAAUCAAAUACCGAAAAUGGUCUCGUUUCCAACGGUUCAUAUCAGAUAGCAGAAGAUUCUUCAAACACCUCGAAAGAAUGUAACAGCCUACAGGAUGUCAUAACUAUGACACAAGAACGAAAUAGUGGUCAGCAUGUCAGGAAGUUUCGGACAAUUCUACCCAAAAAGCAAAAAGUAGUUGAAGGUAACACAAUGGCAAGUAUCCAAAUACUUAAUUCUGCAACAUUUAAAAGCCAUUCCAAGCGUGUUUAUAAAUGUGGAGAAUGUCCGGAUAAAUUUGCUUCGUUUCGUCAACUGAAGUCGCACGAAAAUCUGCAUAUAUCCCAAUCUGAUUUAGAAAUAAGCAUUUGCACAUAUUGUUGUAGUUUGUAUGCUAAUGCAGAGACUUUGGAGAAACAUAUCAGUGAGAAUCAUAUGGAUGGGCGAUACGUAUGUGUACCGUGCACAAAAGUAUAUAAAAGUCGUGGACAAUUGCUAAAGCACGUUCUUUCUAAUAUACACAAUGCCAGUGCAUUAUUAUAUUACUGUAGUCUAUGUCCCCGAUCCGGAAAACUACCUACAGAAUACAUAUCGCGAACGACUUUACAACGCCACUUUCAAGAAACACAUUUACUCAUGCCCGUGAGCCAAGAUGAAGAUGAUGUGGAAAUAGAAAUGAAUGAAGAAUUUCUCGAUGAAUUCCUUUUAAGCAAUGUGAAUGAGAAUUCAUUUAAUUUUUCCGAAUGUUGGGAUGCUUUAGACCUGAAUUUGCCGGAUAUGUUACAUAUGACGAAUACAGAUGAAAAUUGUACUGAUACUAAGGACAAUGCACCUUUAAAUACUCAAUUGGGUUUUAAAUGUCCGAAAUGUUUUGAAGGCUUUUUAAAUCAGAAAACUCUGUUGCAGCAUAUUGCCCACAAACAUGAACUACCUGUAUUAAUAUGUAAUAAAUGCGACGCUAGCUUCAAGGAUUAUACUCAAUUGAUCCAUCAUAAGAGGAUACACCAUGUACAAUUUGGGUGUGAACGAAAAGUCACGGGGAAAUUACUGAAAUGUGAAAUAUGUGAUAAAAUAUUUCGGAGCAACGCAGCCUUGAACUAUCACGUAAAAACUCAUUUACGCAUUUUUCUAGAUGCACCACAUGAAUGUCCAUUCUGUAAAAAACCAUUUUACACCGAUAUUAAUUUGAAGCAACACAUACGUGUUGUACAUUCGCAAAUAAAACGACACACCUGUGAACUCUGUGAUAAACCAUUCGCUACACUCGAUCAUUUAAAGAAGCAUGUGCUGAGCCAACAUCAAAAUGAACGUAAACAUAUUUGUCAUAUUUGUGCGAAAUCCUUUACCCAACUGUGCCAUCUAAAACAGCACCUGGCUAUACAUACCACUGGCAAGUCACAUCAAUGUUUAAAGUGCGAAGACAAGUUUUGGCGAAAGAUAGACGUGCAGCGGCACAUGCUCAAAAAGCACACAUAACUAUAAGUAAAUCUAAAUAGUUCUCAUUUAAAAGUUGUUUAUAUUUGCCAACAUAUAUUUGAAAAAUGUGACAAUAUGUGAUUGAAUCGUGAUAUAUAAUACAUAUGUACUUAUGAAUGUAAAAA